AAAACAUAAACACUUAAACUGUACAUACAACCACUUCUCAACAGUUUAAACUCGAUCAUCUAUUACCAUCUUCAUUUGCUCUAACUCCACAAUUAAGUUCCAAAAUCUAGGGUUUCAUAUGUUUCCCAAUUAGAACACAACACAUUUUCAACACUAUGCUCCUCCUUGUCAUCUUCCUCACUCUCUCUAAAUCUCUGUAUUUUUACCUCAAUUCAUAAACACAAACCCUACCGACAUUGUAGCUGAGUCAGGUCCCGAGUUCGAGUCGCCGCUGGGUUGAUACAUAUUUGUUACAUUGCGCGCACAAGAUGAUGCCUUCUAUUAUGAGGAAGCAGCAGGUGCAUAAGCUGUUGAGGUCUAAUUCUUCUAUGAACGCUUCGUGUUCGUCUGAUGCUUCGACUGAUUCGACUCAGAGUAGGGCCUCCACGGGGAGGAUUAGUAGGCGGAGCGCGCCGACACUGGCGAGGACCAAGCAUUAUGGUUCGAGGGUUGAUAAGGUGGUGGUGGUUGGUGAUCAUAGUGAGCAGCAGGUUUGUGAUGAUGUUAAGAGAAGAUGUGCUUGGAUUACGCCGAAUACUGAUCCCUGCUAUGUUGCUUUUCACGAUGAAGAAUGGGGAGUUCCAGUAUACGAUGACAAAAAACUGUUUGAAUUACUCAGCUUAUCAACUGCUCUAGCCGAACUUACUUGGCCAGUCAUUCUUAAUCGCAGGCAUUUGUUCAGAGAAGUAUUUCAGGAUUUUGACCCUAUUAAUGUCUCCAAGUUAAAUGAAAAAAAGAUUGCAACACCAGGAUGCUCGGCUAGCUCUCUUCUAUCUGAGGUGAAGCUACGUGGUAUCAUUGAAAAUGCACGUCAUACGUGCAAGAUUAUCAAAGAAUUUGGAUCUUUCAACAAGUAUAUAUGGGUCUUUGUGAACCAUAGGCCUACGGUUGGUCAAUUCCGGUAUCCCCGUCAAGUUCCCAUUAGGACAUCAAAGGCAGAUAUGAUAAGCAAAGACCUUGUCAGAAGAGGGUUCAGAGGUGUUGGACCUACAGUUGUCUACUCGUUCAUGCAAGUAGCUGGAAUAACAAAUGAUCACCUCACAAGUUGCUUUAGGUACCAGGAAUGUAUAGCUGCAGUAGAUGCAAAGGACAAUUACGAGGCUAGGGCAGAUGGUAAACUACCACAAGAUCCAAAUGAUCUUAGUUUAGCAAUAGCUAUAGAUGACUUGACGCUAUCCUCGGACUGAAAUCAAGAUACCCAACUAAUGAGCUGAAGAAUACACUCAUCAUAGGGGUAGUUGCAUUCUUCUGAGAGAUGGGCUGCUGGAGGUUAUGUACAAAUAGUGAGUAUGAAUUAUUUUGUGUAUUGCACUGUAGAUUCAUAAGUAUAAUUUGGAUACAAUGAAGGAUGAUUGGGUGCUUUCAAGUAAUUGCACCUAAUGUAGCUUCUAUUUCUUAUGUA